CUCGAUCACAGUAGCUUGAAAGGUUAGUCUCAGGAAGGUUCGAGUAGAGUUAAGAGCUACUAUUAGUUCCCUUUAGGAUGGUGGUCAAGAAUGUAUGUUGCAUUGGUGCUGGGUAUGUGGGUGGCCCAACAUGCAGCGUCAUAGCGUGGAAGUGUCCAGAUAUCAAGGUUCAUGUUGUGGACAAGUCGGAGAUGCGAAUCAAGCAGUGGAACUCUGACAAAUUGCCGAUCUAUGAGCCUGGUCUGGAUGACGUGGUGAAGGAGUGCCGUGGGAAGAACCUCUUCUUCUCCUGCGACAUCGAGAAGGGUAUCAAGGAAGCGGACCUGAUCUUCAUCUCCGUGAACACGCCCACCAAGACGUUCGGUAUAGGGAAGGGUCGUGCAGCUGAUCUGAAAUUUGUUGAGGCGUGCGCAAGAAAAAUUGCCGAAGUAGCAGAGGGACACAAGAUCGUCGUGGAAAAGUCGACUGUACCAGUUCGUGCAGCAGAAUCCAUCUCCCAUAUUCUCAGUGCCAAUACAAGGCCAGAUGUUUCAUUCCAGGUAUUGUCCAAUCCAGAAUUCUUAGCAGAGGGGACAGCUGUUACAAACCUUCUGUACCCUGAUCGUGUGCUCAUUGGCGGAGAGGAAUCUGCUGGGGGAGAUGAAGCUGUUGCGGAACUGAUGUGGAUAUACACACACUGGGUUCCGAAGGAGAAGAUUGUCACCACCAGCACUUGGUCAUCGGAACUUUCGAAAUUGGCAUCAAAUGCAUUCCUGGCUCAGCGUGUAUCCAGCAUCAAUGCCAUCUCGGCGGUAUGUGAAGCAACGGGUGCUGAUGUAUCCCAAGUAGCUGCAGCUGUGGGUCUAGAUUCUCGAAUUGGACCCAACUUUCUUCAGGCAUCUGUUGGAUUUGGAGGUAGCUGUUUCCAGAAGGAUUUGCUGAAUCUUGUGUAUAUUGCUGAGUGCCUUAACCUACCAGAAGUGGCUAUGUACUGGCAGCAGGUCACAGAUAUGAAUGAAUAUCAAAGAACUAGAUUUGCCAAGAGAAUUGUAGAAUGUCUAUUUAACACAGUGACGGAUAAAACACUGGCUGUAUUUGGGUUUGCCUUCAAGAAAAACACAGGCGACACGAGAGAGAGUCCAGCCAUUUAUGUCUGUUCCCACCUGCUAGAAGAAGGGGCCAGACUUAACAUUUAUGAUCCUAAGGUUGAGCCAAAACAAAUUGAACAUGACUUAACAAGCUCAAGUGUAACAGAUGACCCAGAACGUGUGCAGACGCUCUUCAGUACCUACUCUGACCCAUAUGAAGCUGCUAAAGAUGCCCAUGCUAUUGUUGUUCUUACUGAUUGGGAUGAAUUUAAGAAUUUUGACUACAAGAAGAUGUUGGACUCAAUGAAACGACCAGCAUUCAUCUUUGACGGACGUAAAAUGUUGGACCACUCUGCCUUGAUCAAACUGGGCUUCCACACUGAAACAGUCGGAAAGAGAUUUGCCCGCAAUGCUCUUCUGAGAGCUUCUGGUGAACAUUUUCCAGCUUUCUCAUGGACACCAUAACUCAUGAGCAGUCUUCCAGCAGACAUUGUGGGUCCAAGGAAUGCGAAGAAGGCAAAAUUCUAGAACAUCUGUACCGGUUAUCCAAUGUAUAGGGUGCUUUGAGAAUAUGUUUAAUGUUGUUUUAGUAAUGAAAAAAAAUAAUGUCUUAAAUAACUUCUUGGUUUGGUUCCUUUUAUGAAUUUGACCUCAUAUGAAUAGAAUAUGCAGUAGAAAGAUUAUUGAUGUUAAUUUAGGCAGGUUCAAAGCUGAUAGUAUGUUGUUUAAUAUUCUUAAUUGGUAUUAUUCAACCAUCUUUAUCAGUGUGUGAUUGAAUGAAUGUUAUUUGGGUAUAUCAUUUAAGGAACUUUAUUUUAUAACUUAAUUUAAUCCAAUUACAGUUCUGAAGUAAAAAAAAAAUAAUAAUAAUAAUAAAAUACAGAAAUGCUCACCGGUUUAUGUCAGAGGAUGCAUCUCUGCACUAAAUUUAAUGUUCCUUGGUAGUCAGAGGAUACUUUUAAUGUACAGACUUGUAUGUAUCCCUGAAUCUUGCGAGAAAGUGAGGAGAAUUGGAUAUUUUUGCCAAUUCUUAAGAAAGACCGUGUGAGAAUUGUUUAAUAAACACUGGUUUGAAGAUAAAGAAAUGUUGGCAAACCCUGACAAAAUAGAGAGGGUAAAUUUAGGGGAACAUAUAUUAGUAGUCUUCAAAGUGCAGUUUGAUAUACUUUAUGAACAACUUGAUCUCUAUGUGAAUGAGUAAGAUUUUGUAAUGAUAUCUCUGUAGCAUAUCUUCACAUAGCUUCUGUAUGGCUAAAAUGAUUUUGGGAAAGUAUUUUAUAAAUGUUGUUAGUGAACUAUUAUCCUGUUGAAGGAAGGAAUGGAAACCUUCAAGAAUGUUAUUUUUUGCUAAGUUGUGACACUAUACUUGUUGCAGUAUCCAAGAUAUAGCAUGAAAUUGGUGUUGAGGUGAUAUAUUAUUCAGAAUAUAGCAGUAUAUUAUCCUUAAAUAUGUUUCCCAGCUGUCCUGUCUUGUAAGUCACAGCAAUCUCAAGUUUUAUAUAAUGGUAGUAUACAGUCAUUUGAAUGACCACAUGAAUAAUCCUUUAGAUCUUAUAUAAUUUCAGAUCAUCAUGUUAACUAUUCCUUAUAUAUAAUGACAUGAAAGGAAUAUGAAUGUUACCCUUUUCUCAUAUUGGGUUUGUUGCUGUUUGUUUUUGUAAAUGUUUUUUUAUGAAUUUUUGUGAAGUUGAAGCUUGGUACUUCAGAUGUGAGAACGUUUCUUGGGACAGAAUACCCAGCCAGUUGGGAGAGCUGUUUUAUUCGCAGAAUAUUUCUCUAAAAGAAACUUUUAUGGACUGCCAUAUUUUUUAUGUGGUCUGCAUUAACUGUGGAAACUUUGUUCAAUAGAUUUAUUUGCUUUAUUUUUAGAUUAUGUAACUCUUUAUCUUUACAGUGGCUUUGAUUAUGAAAAUUCCCGGUCUGAUUUUAAGAAAGUUUUAUUUAUUCAUUAUUCUUAUUUAAAAAAAAUAAAGAUCUAAUAAUUUGCUAAUUAAAUUAAACAUUGACAGUAUCUCAAGAUGACAGUUGUGUAAUGCAUUUAUAUACUGAUUAACUGAAUAGAAGGUAUUGGUUUGAUGAAUUACCAUUAACUUACCAUAGACAUUCCCUAACUCAAGUAUUCCACACGUGCUGUUGAUCUUGUGUGUGGAAGGGUAUGGUUUUAUCUUGUAUUUGUCAGUUCUAACAUGUAGGUUCAUAUGAUCAGUGUUAUUAAACAUGCCGUAGGAGUGAUUGUUGCAGGUUUCACGGCAGCAUUUUGAUAAUAAUUAAAAAAAAUAUGUAUCAUUAUAAUAAUUUUGGGGUAGUUUAGUGAACAGGGAGAUUUAGUAUGAAGUGGAGGUAGCACAAAGUUGGUUUUGGUUAUUUCUAAUCUGUGUUUAACUGGACAUUUUAGAAGACAGUUAAAAUUAUUGAGUGAAAUGGUGCCAAGAUGAAGUCUUUCUUUUUCUUGAAGCUUACUCUUUAAAAAUAAUUUAUAUAUAUUUAAAUUUACAUAUUUAUGUACAUGACGGAUAUGACAAGGAUUGUGAUCCGGAAGCUGAUAUGUUGGAAAGGGAUACUAUACUUUAUAAAUAUAGUUACUAAUAAUUAUUUAUUUGAUGAUAAGUGCCAGUGUAGUCCUCUAAAGGAUAAUAACUAAUUGAAGCCAGUGACUCAUAGACCCUUUAUAUCCCAGAAUUAUGAUAGAGUGAUUGGCUGUGUUGUUACAGCUCACUGAAAUACUUGUUAACUGCAUUAAAACAGAAGUCAAGAUAUUAUGUAUCAUUAUCUGAUGCACCAGCUACUCUAAAGUAGGAAUCAUGGCUGGCAUAAUUACUUAAGGAGUGUUAUGAAGUAUUUGUUAAUGGAAUAAAUAUUUUCAUUACUUAUUCCAGUUGAGAGGUUACAUGAAGACGGAAUGGCUCUGUUGUUUUGCUGAAAGUUUCAGUGAGCGGAUACUUAUUUAUGUGUGUACGUAUAUUUGUUUGUGUGCGCGUGUUAUGAGAUGAUAAACCUAGUCCCUAACCUGAAAACAACCUGGUGAGUACCUGGCAAAUACUAAAAGAAUUUCAUUAUUGGGAGAUUUGAUGUGUUAUUAAAUUCCAUUGAUUUUGCUGUCAAAAUUUUAUUAUCCAUGUAAAAGUCUAUUAAAAAAAAAUCACAGUAUUCAGAUAAUAUGAAACUUUUUUUGCUUUACCUUUUUCUAAUAAACAUAUCGAUGUUUAUCAUGCAGUGUUUUUACUUGAUAUUCAGAAUUAGGUUAUUCAUAGUCUUUAUUAUGACAUUAGUAUUUGGACACUUUUUUUAAUCACUUUUUACUGGAAUAACAAUGCACAUACCCAUUAUACAUUUGAUAAUAAAGAUGAUUAACCGAAACAACCUUU